GCCAAAUGUACCCGGCCGCGGUCCUCCAAGGCUCUCUUAAGCUCACGGGUCUGACAACAUACUUUGCAUAUCCCAACCUGUUUGCAGUGUUGGUAGACCACACAAACACACAUAAGACGAGCUUACCUACACGGAAUCAAGGCAUCCUUUUGCUUCGUUCACCUUGUAACUUCACCAGGUCAACUCCUCUCUUGCUGCAGGACAGUCACUACAGCUCAAGAUGGCCACACCUCCCACAGAUAUGUCUGGCAAGGGCCUAUUGUACGUGCACUCGCGCAUCACCAGCGACUUGCUCGACGAACCGACUCUGCUGAAGUGGUACGACGAGGACCACAUCCCCGAGAUCCUGGCCACGAGCGGCAUCACGUCGGCGAUCCGCUUCAUCGACGAGGCCGCCCGCGCGAAACCCAAGGAGGACCGGGCCAGGCCGUACCUACACGUGUACCCGCUGCAGGACCUUGGCUUCUUGCUGACCCCCGAGUUCGCCAAGAUUGCCGUCACCAGCGAGAUGCUGCCCGGGUCGAAGCUCGUCUAUGACCUGGUCGACUUUGACGUGCGGUACUACAGCCUCGUGCAGGUGUUUGACCCGACCAACAAGGGGCCUGGGCACACGAGGAGCGUCUUCCUUGUGCACUUUGCCCUCAAGGAAGGGUACCCGAGCGAAGAUCUGAACAACUGGUACCGCGACGAGCACCUGCCCCAGCUGGCCGCGGCCCCAGGUUACCUGCGGUCGACUCGUUACAAGCUCGUCUGGGGCCGCAACAGCGAGACGUCUCGGGCCUUCAAGGGCCUGGCGGGCAGCAACGACACAGCGCCAGGGCCGGCGCGGCUGCCCGAGUGGUUUGCGCUGCACGAGUUUGAGACGGGCGAGGUGGACGUGCCCGAGCUGCAGCGGCUGACGACGACGGAGUGGACAAAGAAGAUCUUUGCCAACUGCGAUGACUAUGUGCUUGGCACUGCGGCGCUCAACAAGGCGCACGGCGACCAGAAGAUCUUCAAUGGCGAGAAGAUCUGACGCGGGAGGUGCCGUACGGCAGCUGCAGGCUGUAGGUACUAUGUAGUGGCAAGAUCGAGAAAUUGACACCUAGGCGAGGGCUUGCCCACAGAGGCCCGGUCCCGAGACGGGUGCCGAGAGUACGAGUACAUGGUGUGUUUUGUAGAGUGGUUGUGCCAGGGAGAGGCAUGGGUGCUCGUAAGGCUCACCCUGAAUGCACGAGUUGUUAAUUGUGGCAGUGUGCCGGUCUGUGCGGGGAUGACAUGACAGACAGCUCGGGUGCUCCUCUUGGUAGGAUCGUGGAACGAACCAGCCUGAUGCUGGCCCGACGGGCCAAGAUGGAGCCCGAGGAUCCUGGAACGACAAAAGUCCACAAAGGUACGC